CACCCCCUCGACUCAGCUCUGUACUCUGGGACAUACAGUAUCUGUUUAGAUUUGAGUCUAAAUUUAAACACUGAUUGCCUCCCCUCCCCUCCUUCCUGCUCUCUCCAGUUUAGCAGGACUAGGUGGUGAAGAGGCUCCUUACUGAGACCUGUGUGGUAACCCCCUGGGUCAAUAAGAGCAAUCUGAAAGAGGAACCUACAAGGCAUUAGCCCACUGGCACAGAAACGUUUAAACUUUUCUGCAGAGAAGACUUUGUCGAGAUCAAAGCCAUGGAGGGUAAAUCAGAGGAGACCAACUCAACAGAGGAGAGCCCUGCGCCAUCAGUUGCAAAGCUUGCUGGGAUAUUUGGUAACCAGCUGAACAGUCCUAAGAAAGAGAUACCACCCCAUAAACCGACUCGAAGGAAACCCCCCUGCUCACUCCCACUGCACACGAACAGGGCUGAGUCCACCCAAAAUGCUGAGGAGAAGGUGUCCCCUCAAGCUCCCCACCUGCCCAAGAUUAAAGUGAAAAGUUCUCCUCUCAUUGAAAAACUUCAGGCCAAUUUGGCAUUUGCUCCUGCACCUUUCCUUCCAGGAGGAGGGCCCCUAAAAAGCCCUGGUCUUAAAGUUAUGGCAUCUCCAUUUAGUAGCCCCUCAUCAUCACCGACCAGCCCUGGUGUCCAGUCUCGUUCCAGUGAAACCGAGGAAGUGCCCAUCAGUUUCGAACAACCACCAGAAGGCGCUCAUCUCCAAAGCGUCACAAAGGUCCGUACAAGAGGCUCGAUAAAACGUAGACCGCCCAGCCGGAGAUUUAGGAAAUCCCAGUCAGAUAUUGGAUAUGAAGAUGAUUUAGGAGGGAACACAACACCAAAAUUAAACGGGGACAAAAAAGAAGAAGAAGACAAUGUUUUUGAUGCAACGUCCAAGAGCACAGUAGAUAAAGAUGGAAAUGAAAUGGAGACAACACAGGAGACAACUGGAGACAAACCUGCUGCGAAGUCACCAGAGAGUAUCACGAAUGAUCCAGAAACAUCUGAGGAGCCUAAAGUUGAGAGUGAAAUAUCCAAUGAUGGUGGUAUUGAGGACAAAGUGGGGGAACAAGACUGUAAUACAGUAGAGAAAAAGGACAAAGGAAUCGGGGAGGAGGCCGCUAAUGAAAGAGAUAUCCAAAAACAUCCAAAUGUUACUAUAGACCAUGCUAAUGGAAAUGAGAGUGAAUCACCAGAGAAAGAGACAGACAACCAAGAAAGUCAGUCUAGUGUUGAGGAGAAGACUGAUGCAGAAAAAAUAAGAGCGUUAAAGUGACCAACUGUGGAUUCAGAGCCUCAUCCCUGGUCAAUGGCACACCGGUCAUACCAGAACUCAAACCUUACAAAGAAUAAGAAACAUUGCACUAGAUCUCUCUGCAGGUGGAAAGCCCAUGUCAUGUGACCUGAACCAUUUCAUCCAAUGGGCAACAAGAACCGAGCCUGGCAUGUUCCUAGUGGGAGGGGCUCUGCUUGUUAUGCUACACAAUGAUAUCAGGCUAGUCUGCCGGUUCAAUAGGCCGCAGCAGGAGGAAAUUGUACACAUACCAGCUUGUGUGUGUCCGUGUGUGUAUGUAUAAAUAUAUAUAAACACAUUGCAGACUGUAUGUGGAAGCAAAGUGGUAAUGGAUUCCCUCCUGUACUGUAUUGAUUUAACAUACGUGUGUUUGUGUAUGUAAGGAUGUGAGGAGUGUUUAUAAGUGUGAAUGGUAUGAAUAUAUAUGUUUGUGUGUAAAGUUACAUACAAUGUAGAUUUUAUAUAUACCGAUGUGUAUAUUGAGUAAUACAUAUACAAAACUUGGCAGUCGGUGAAGCACAUCCCAGGAGGAGACCCCCUAUGUAAAAAUGGAGAGACCCGUGUCUAUGGAUUUCUUUACACUGCUCAGCAUUUAUUUCAGAAUUAUAUAGAGCUGUCAAUGUCUCUCAGCUGGAGCCUAUCAAAGGGUAAUCUGAUGCAAUACGCACACCAUUUCCAUGCGUGACAACUUUUUAUGUCUAGUAUGACUGUAAAUCCCCUUUUUGUGUUUACGUUUUACAUAGAUUCUCAGGUUUUAUGGUUUGUUUUUUUUUGUUUUUUUUGUUCUUAAUUAUGUUUUUUUUUUGAAUACCUAAGCCUUGCCCUAUUUAAAAUUCAUUCACUGCUUUAUAUGUUGUGAAAGUGAAUUGCCUCUAUAAAUAAAGAUUAAAAAAAACAAAAAACAAUCUUGAUAAAAUCCAAAGACUAGGAUGAAAUGCUAGAGCUCUUUAAAGGAACACUAUAGCGCUAGGAUACAAACCUGCAUUCCUAAAGCUAUACUGCCCCUCUCUAUAUAGGAUCCCCUGGGGGGCAGUGUGCCAUAGAAAUUAGUGAAAUAAAAUACCUUCUUCCAGCACCUCUCCAUCCUCCUGUGAUGUCAUGGGGAGGCAUAGCUUCCUCCGCGAUUGUCCAAUCCAAUGAUCCUCAGAGAAGAGCAUUGGGGACCGGAUGCAAAUGUGUGGCAAGUGCCUAGCACAUUUAAGCUUCCCCAUAGGAAAGCAUUGCACUUACUAAUACGUCACGUGACUUGGCCAGUGCAGCAGCAGCGCCUCUAGUGGCUGAUAGUAUGACAGCCCCUAGAAUUGGAGUUAACCCUGCAAUGGAAACAUUCUAGCUUCUAUGGUUAAAAGGGCAGGCCCACUGCACCCAGGCCACUUUAUUGAGAUGAAGUGGUCUUGGUGACUAUAGUGUCCCUUUAAAAUGUUCCAGAGGUGCACCUCUCAGUGCUUAUUAACGCUUUAGGCUCCAUGGCAUUUUAGUUGGCCCACAUUUGCAGAUUUUGCAAAGAGCCCUGAAAGUGAUAUGUCUGUCUGGUAUGUGACAACCUGGGGGAGAAGUUGUCGGGAGAUUAUACGCUUGAGGCUCUCCCUUGCAGCUGCUGCCACCAUCUUUUUCCUGGAGUCCAUCUUUAUAAUCCACGAGUUCCCCCGUAGAGCUUCUUGGGCAAUACAUGAGAAGAUGGCUAAGCCUACAGCGAUUGCUAGCGACGGCUGCUGGAAACUCACAAAACGUGACUACGGAAAACUCUGCCUUUUGUCAAUUUUGGUCAACUCUCAACUUGAUCAAAAGACAAUGCAUUGCCUACUUUGUCUUAUAUGCUUUGAUUGUGUCACUAUAAGCAUUUCAUAAAGAAUUUAUCUUUAGUGACAGAACCCCUUUAAGUACAACUGGUACACACAGAUAUAACAUAACUAGUGUGUUGCACAAAGCUUCACAAAGCCAAUCUCCCUUGGCAUGCCACACAUUACCGCAUAAACGUAUAAAAAGAUGCCAGUCUCCCUUGGCAUGCCACACAUUACCGCAUAAACAUAUAAAAAGAUGCCAGUCUCCCUUGGCAUGCCACACAUUACCGCAUAAACGUAUAAAAAGAUGCCAGUCUCCCUUGGCAUGCCACACAUUACCGCAUAAACGUAUAAAAAGAUGCCAGUCUCCCUUGGCAUGCCACACAUUACCCCAUAAACGUAUAAAAAGAUGCCAGUCUCCCUUGGCAUGACAUUACCGCAUAAACGUAUAAAAAGAUGCCAGUCUCCCUUGGCAUGUCACACAUUACCGCAUAAACGUAUAAAAAGAUGCCAGUCUCCCUUGGCAUGACACACAUUACCGCAUAAACGUAUAAAAAGAUGCCAGUCUCCCUUGGCAUGACACACAUUACCGCAUAAACGUAUAAAAAGAUGGCGAUCAACUUGUAACUUAAUUUCUACUUUCUCACAAUUCUCUAAGGACUUACCUUCAAAGUUGUAUUAAAUAAAAUAUUGUUUCCUCCCAUCUGGCAGUCAUAAGAUUA